GUCAUGCCAGAAAAGAAACGCUGGGAGCCGCUCCGGCCAUCCAGGGCCUCCGACGAUAAAAAGACGAAAAAGAAGAAGAAGAGAAGCAAAGCCACCGCCUCCGUCACCCCUCCAGAAAAUACACAGAAACCUCAGGCUGUAUCUUUGCCCCCUGAGACCACGCCAAUGUCCCUGCUGCCCCUUCAGAGUCCCAGUCAGCCCCGAGGCCAGCGGCCCAAGCUCGGGGCUACCAGUAAGAAGGAAGGAGAACGGUUCGCUGGCAGUGGCCGGAGGAGCAAAAAAAACCCAAAGGAUCCGCCAGCCCCGCUGACAGGAACAAACAAAACAGGCAGCAGUGGAGCUACAGCACAGGGGUAUGUGUCAGAGCUCAGCACCCAGGCCAGGGAGAGCCUGAGGUGGGAGGGAGUGCUGGAGGACCCCCUGGCUGAGGAGAAGAGGCUGGAGCUAUACAGGGCCAACAGGCGGCUGCGUUACAUCACACACAGAGAGUCUCUGUUAAAAGAAACCCAGGAUGCCUUGAGACAGACUUUUCCUAAAGAGAGCACAGAGAGAAGAAGGCUUUGACUGA